AUGGGUACUGCUGAAACUUUUUCGUCUCCGGAGCCAAAGGCAAUGCAAGUAUUCAGCGAUGACGACCAGAGUUCGCCGUUUUCAAAGUUCGCAGAUGCGCUCUCUCCGAUCCAGCAAGCCAGGGCAGUUCGAGAUGCGGCGUUUCAAGAUGGGUCCCGCUCGCCUCCAUUUCGAUCUCCCACACGACCUCGUGGCAGAGGUCGAUUACGACGGGCCUCUCGGAAGCUCGCGAACUGGUCUCCCGGCUCCACGACCCCGCAAAUGACUCCGCUGGGCAGUGGGGAUGCGAGCAAGGUGCCGCCGUCGCCACUGGACCGCAAGUCUCUGGCAGACUCCGACAUCCCCAGCCUCUCCCCACGCCGCUCGCUCUCGCUUCCCUUCUCCAAACCCCAACCUGGGGACCGCGUUCGCUCGUCACCCGACACGGCCUGUGAUGCGUCUGGGCUGAAGGUGGCGGCGCCUGUUGGCUCUCGGUUAUCUGUUUGGGUGCAGCAGCCUAAGGACGACGCGCAUGAUUCUGGCAGUGGCAAUUUAUGCGCUUUGACGCCACGUCGUGCGUCGUGCACGCAAGAGCCUCCGUCGACUGAUGCGACAGAAGGUGACAAUAAAUUUCUUACAUUGGCUCCGCCCGUUGCUCCUACCGAGGAUGCUACUCCUGUGGAGCGUGCUAGCUCGGGAAAUGUGAGGGAGAAAGAGGAUAACUCGCGUCUGAGGUCGUUGAACGAUGCCGAGCAAGCACAGGGUGGAGAAUGCCGUGAGGGCGGGCUGACAGCCGAGGAGAAACUCGAAGAGGAGGAUGAGUGGGAGCACGGCGGGGCGGAUGACGAAGCCGCUGAGCUGGGGUGCCCAGCUCAAACGCCGACGGCGGGUGACGAGGGCGGAAGAGGCUCGCAGGGACGCGACGAUCCGCCUCAGCAGAUUAAAGACGGCGCGGACCGUUGUGCAGAGGAGAAGAAAGAUGACGUGGUGGGGGAUGACCCUAGGAGUGGCAGAUCGGAGCGAGUAGGCCAUUAUGGGGCAGGAGAGGGCGGCUGCAGGCCAUUCCGCAGCGCGAAGGAUCGCGCGGGGGCAUUUGAAAUUUGGCAGUCGCCUAAGAAGCCGCGCAUGCUGAUCGAGGGUUUCGGCGAAUCGCCAGCGAAGGCAACGCCUGGGGGCAUGAUGACGUGGCAGUCACCCGACGGCAAGCGCAGCACCCCUUUGCGCACGGCGCUGUUCACCCAGCCGUAUCGAGGCAUGGACGGCACGGGGCUUGAUUCCAGCCCCAUGAGCGAGGGCUCCGUGCGCCGGAUGUGGGAGCUGGGGUCGCCUGGCGCCCUCUCUUCACCAGGAAUGGGUCUGGGCACUAUUGGCAUGCACAUGGGUAUGGGGCUGGGUUUGGGUUUGGGCAUGGGCAUGGACGACGGGCAUAUGGGGUUCGGGGAGCUUCCUGAUGUUUUGGCGGCUGGAGACCCAAUGGAGCGCCUCAGAGCCAUGCAGGAAGGCGCCGAAAGAAGCAGGUUGUUCCUCGAGCGGCCUCGUGGAUUCACGGCGCUUGUGGGCAGUGGCCCUUCCGUUAACGCGAAAGAGGCUGUCACGCCGAGGGGACUGGAGAGCCGUUAUGCAGGCUCAUUGCUGCGGACUCCAUCUGCUGCAGCGCCGUCCGCUGCUGCUGACGGCAACCUCCAAGGCGCAGCGGACGUGCCCGACGGCGCUGUUGCUGGUGGCAGUGGGAAGUACGACAGCCCCCAUGAUGCCCGCAGCACUGGCGUCACGGAAGCGGAUCUGCCAGCGGAACGCAGCCAUCAUGCGGGUGACACCCACCACUCCAUCGAUCUCACCCGUGCUGGUGCUCCUGGUGACGGCUCGUGGCAGCUGCCUCCGGCGCACACGGAUGCCGCGCCUUCAACGUACAGCACCCGCCAGGUGCAGCACGACGGGACGCGCGAGCAGGGUUCCGCAGCAGAGGGCGCGCAUGGGCUGCCUGAAGGCGAAAUCAAGCGAGAAGCUUCAGGGAUGAGCGCGAUGGAGGAGCGCAAAGGCGGGAAUGCUGACGUGGCGUGCGCGCAUGGUAGUGCGGCCCACUCUCAUGAUGCAGGGGCGGGCGGUGGUGGAGGCAGAGGAGUGGGAGGGGACGUGCGACUGCGGCGCAUGAACAGUGGCGAGGGUCCCGCGGGGCACGCAGCGCGGAAGCAUGCGCAGGGGCGGUGGGCAGGGGCACAUGGAGGCGUGGAGGAGCACAGUGCAGUGCCGGCGGGGGUGGAGUACGCGAGUGCGUCCACUGGAGACGUGUCUGAGAGCGAUGAGGGCUCGCUCGUUCAAGGAAGCAGCCACCACGUUUCCAUCAGUGCCUCCGCCACUCCACCUCCCAGCGAGGGCUGCAGGCGUUGCAGCUGCAAGAAGUCUCGCUGCCUCAAACUCUACUGUGAGUGCUUUCGGGCCAAUGUGUAUUGCGGGGACGCAUGUCGCUGCAACGAGUGUCAGAACACACCUGAGUACGAGUCCCUUGUGCUGGCCACACGAGCAGCCAUUCAGGCUCGGAACCCCACGGCCUUCCAACCCAAGAUUAUCACCGCCGCUACUGUUGGCCCUGCAUCAUCCCUUUCACGACCCAAGGUGUCCGUAUCUGCGGCAUCACCGGUGCCAGCAGCGCCUCCCAAGGCACCGCGCCACAAGACGGGGUGCAACUGCCGCCGCUCCAUGUGCACCAAAAAGUACUGCGAGUGUUACCAGGCUGGAGUGGGGUGCACAGCAGGCUGCAGAUGUGCGUCAUGCCAGAAUCCCCAUGGUCGCAGUGGAGAUGUGGCAGCGCUCCUGUCUGAUGCGGACCGCAGUCACGACCGUGCGCUGCGCACGCUCUCGCCCUCACCUGCUGCCACCCCCCUUCGCUGGCAGCCGCCAUCCGCAUCGCCUCUGCACUCGUCUGCAGUCCGCCGCAGCCUGCCCUUCUCGCCCUCCCCUGUGGACUCCUCCCGCGUGCUGCCUGGCCGCGUCCCUUCAGCAUUGGACCUGUCACACCUGUCGGAACAUGCCAGCCCAUCGCCCACCAUCUCUGCAAGGCCUGUUGCUCACUCCCAUUCCCAAGCCCCAGACCCCCCUGCUGCACACGAGCGGCUUCACGUCCCUGCAGCAACCUCCCCUUUACCAUCCUCCAAGCCGCAUCCAGAUACCACCUCCGCCAAGCCCGCCUCCUCAGAUGCUCACCACGUUCUUUCUGCCUCUGCUGGCCCCAUAGCAUCAGCAGCAGCAUCUGGCGUUGCGGCAUCACCCAAUGGUGGCAGAGAGCCCUUAAAGCCCCCCCUUGCGCCUCACCAGUUCCGCCUGCCCGCCACCCCCCUGCGCGCCUCCUCUGCUGCGUCCGCUCGCCUACUACUGAGAGGCCCAGGCUGUGUGGCAAAGAUAGAGGAGGGUGGUGGGGACGUGAAGCUGGGUGGAGCUGCUGCAACCUGGGGUGGUGGUGGGAGGGAGAGGGGUGAGGCAGUUCCUGCUGUGCGCGUGGAUAAGGAUGGCGGUGAUUGCAAGCCUCAAAGCAUUCUGCAUGCAGAGGGGCCAGUAGCGCCUGCUGAUGCAGCAGCAGCUGCAGCUGCGGCUGCAGCAGCAGCAGCAGAGGAAGCGGAGAUGCUUCAGGUCGAGUCGUUUCUGUCGCUGCAGCAGGAGGACGCUGGGGAUGAGGGGGAGAAAGGCCUGCAGGCGCCAUGUUAUGGCAAGGGAGAGAAAAUGGGCUUGUCUGUAGCAGGGGUUGGGCAUGUGAAGGCGGAGCAGGAGCAGUGGCAAGAGAGAAGCAGCAGUGAGGGCAAUGGCAGGGUGGCGGCAAUCACAUGCCCAUCCCAGAAGCGUGUGUCGCCUCCUCAUAUGCAUGUGUGCGCUACAGGGGGGGAUUUGGAUCCUGGACCAAGGGCACAAGUGGGGGGUGCAUAUGCAGCAGGGCAGGAGCGAGUGGGUAGGGGGGUGGAAGAGGCGGAUGAGGAGAGGGGCGAGGGUGGUGCUGGCCGCAAGAGGAUGCGACUGACUGCGUGA